CUAGACAACUGUAAACAGAUUAAAGGCUGCCCAAAAGACGUCUCAUUUCCGCAACGCAGCACAGGACCAAUAGGUUAUCGGUCACCUCUCACAAAUCCGGAUGUGCUUUUGAUUCCAGGCAGUAGAGGGCGCCAUUGGCACGCAGCCUAUUCCCCCCCCUGCUUUUUAGGUUCCUCCCUGAGAAGGCGGAGCGCUCUGAGAAGCUUUGAUUGAGGCUGACAAAAAUCGGCGGGAUCCGCUGGUGGAGCACCCGCCGGCGCCUGGGCCUUUCCGGAGCGAGCGGCAGACGAGGUACUAUCUUCAGUUAGAUUAUUAUUUCCAAAAGUAAACAAUGAUGGCUGAGAACCUAGACAAGUUCCUUGAACAGAAAGCGAGGUUGUUACAGGACAAGGCAAAACUUGAAAAUGAUCCCCCAUAUAUGGAGAUGCAGAAUAAAAGUGCAGAGAAACUUUCAAAGGCUAGUGAAUUAUUAAUCUCCAUGGCUAAAGAAAACAUCCCACCGAAUAGUCAACAUACUGCUUUGCAUGACUAUGGCUUAAGCUUGCCUCUGGGGGAGGAUUAUGAACAUAAAAAACACAAACUAAAGGAAGAACUUCGACAGGACUACAGGCAAUACCUUUCACAAGGUAUGUCACAGGCAAAAAAAAAGAAAAGAUAUUUAAUAUCAGGUGAAGUUGAUCCAUAUACUCAGGGACUUUCUCUUCCUAUUUGCGACAGAAGAUCUGCCAAGGACAGGUUAAGACUUGAAAGAAACAAGGAAUACAAUCAGUAUCUCAGGGAAAAGGAAGAAUGGAAUGAAAGGUUAAGAAAAGUAGGGAAGAAACAAAUAGAGCAUGACACAGAUAUCCAUAAGCAAAAUUUUGCUGUUAACAGAACCCAAUCAGAAUUAUAUGCUCCAAAUGUGUCUUUUCAAAAAGAUGAAGAAUCCAGCAAGAAAGAUGCUUGUACAGCUACAGAUACCUAUGAUGGGUUAUCAAAUAUAAGAUUAUUGUUAGACCAACAGCAUAAACAAGAUAUUGAAACUGGUUUGGGGGAUUCAUUACUGAAUAAAACACUUGAUGAAAAACUGAACAUUUCCAGUCGAAAGCAAGGAAAGCUGGAUGGCAAAUCGGAUAACUAUUUCCACAGACAUCACAAGUGUGAGGAUCAUGAUCCUGAAAUAAAUGAUGAAAUGGAUCCCAGGUUUCGAUAUGAAAGUGACUAUGACAAAAAACCAUUGCGGGUCUUUCAUGCCCAAAGAAGUCAAGGAAAUUCUCCUAUUGAGCAAGUACAGACUGCUGUUGAUAGAGUUCCAUAUGCCACAGGACUAAUACUUGGAAGUCAAGACAGAGAAAUUAUUCAGAAAAGAAAAGAACAAUAUAGGCAAGAGUUAAUAGAGCAAAUGGCUGAGCAGCAAAGAAAUAAGAGACGUGAAAAGGAGUUUGAACUCUCUGUUGCUGCAUCGGGAAUUGUAGACCCUGAGAAAAAGCCCAACAGACUAAAAGAGUUGGGAUUAAAGCCACAUAUAUCUGAGGAGAAAAUACCACCUGAAAGGCCAAGACCAGCUUUCUAUACUCCUUCUCCUGGAAUUACUUCUAUAUCUGCACCUCCUGUGUCACCGGUGAAUGAAGAUUUCCAUAGAGGCUUGUCCAGUGCUCUUGGACAAGUGUUGGCUCCCAGAAUUGCCCCCAUUCCACCACCCCUUCCACCACCAAUUUUGACUGAUAGUUAUAGAACUCCAUAUGAUGAUGCCUACUAUUUCUAUGGCACCAGAAAUCCUUUGGAUCCCAGCCUCGCAUAUUAUGGUGCAGGCACAGUGGGGACACAGCCUUCAUCUGCACCACCACCUCUUGAUACUACUCAAAAACCUCCUCUGCCCAUCAAUAAAAUUGGAGCAAGCAUUGCAAGUAUUAGACCAAAAGGCUUGGGAGUAUUUCCUGAGGAAAAACCAAAACCCACAAGAGAGGCUACCUUAGCUUAUCAACAAGAAUUACAGCAGCAGAUAAGGGAAAGAGAAGAACGUCGUAGGCAAGAAAAGGAAGAAAAAGAACGCUAUGAAGCUAAAAUAGAAGCUGAAAUGAGAAAUUACAACCCUUGGGGGAAAGGAGGGGGCGGAGCUCCUCUCAGAGACAAAAAAGGAAAUCUUAUAACGGACUUGAAUGUGAUGCACAAGCAAAAUGAAGAUGCAUACCAUAAUCCAGAGGCACAAGUAUAUGAAGAUAAAAGAGCUAUAGUAUCUGUUGACCUAAGUUUGGCCUCACCAAGACUUGAAAAUACAGAUGAAUCUACAAAUAAAACAGCAGGCUUUACAUAUACACAAACAUCCCCUUUUGCACGGGGUAAUAUUUUUGGAGAGCCCCCAAGUCCAGAACAAUUAAGGAGACAAGAGUCAUAUAAGAACUUCCUUCGUUUUCAGAUAGAAGAAAAAAGAAGAAGAGAAGAAGAAGAACGUGAAAAACGAAGGCUUGAAGAAGAAAGGGAAGAAAGAAAGUUAGCUGAGCAGAGAGCUAGAAUACAAAGAGAGUAUGAAGAGGAACUGGAAAAGAGGAGAAAUAAAGAAGAAGAGCAACGAUUAAAAAAUGAAGAAUUAUAUAGAUUAGCUGAAGAAAGAAGAAAAGAAGCUGAAAGGAGAAAGAUAGAGGAAGAAGAAAAAAAUAAAGAGGAUAUUGAAACUGAAAAACAUUUGAUUGACGAGAAGAUUUCUAGACAUCCUUCUCCUCUUAUACCAACUCUUCAGAGUAAGCCAUUAGUAAAAGAAGAAAGGACACUUCUGAUGGAGAGUCGUUUGUCUUAUUACACACAGGAUGUCCCCAGAACUCAGUCCCCACCAGUGCCAGCUAGAAGAAAUCAAUUACGUGCAUAUGAAGAAAAAAAGAAUGUAAUAAAUGAACUUUCGGAGAUGAGAAAGCAGCUCCGCAGUGAAGAGCGACGACUACAGGAACAGUUGUUAAAAUUUCACAGUGAUGAUGAUGAAAUGCCAGUGAAAGGGAAAAAAGAUAAACAGAAUUUGGAUGUAUUUGAGAUGGCCAGACUCCGCAUGCAAGCUCCAGUAAGGCGACCAUCUUCAAAGGAAAUUGCUGAUCCUGUUAAUCUACAGAAUAUCCGUGAAUUUAAUGAACUUAAAUAUAAAGAUUCAGAAACACGAGUAGAAACAAGAUAUAUGUAUCCUGAUCCUCCCACCAAUAAUGAUACUCUGGACAUUCAGCAGCUAGCAUUGCUAAGAGAGCAAAAAAAGAAACUUAAAAAAAUGAGGAGAAAUGCAGAAGGUUCCCUAGAUUUUGAUGAGCCAGUAUCUAGCAUUAGAUCAAGGGACAAGGGAUUGAUUAGAGAUGCAGACUCAGAUGAAUUUAUGAAAACCUCACUCCUGGAAUCUGAGAGUGCUUUUAUUGGUACGGAUGGUGAAACUUACCCAAUUUUAGAAGAGCAUAACUACAAUAUGAAUAUAACUCCUUCACCCCCUGUAUCUGCAAGAGAAAGAAGGAGAGAGAAGAAGAAGGGUGAUGCUUCUCACAGGAGGACUACACCACCACAAUUUGGCAACACCUCUCUCCACUCGAAUUCUAGUCUCAACAUAGAUCAAUUAAAAGCCAGAAAUGAAGAAAGGCUGCAAAGUUUAAAUGAACUACAUAAGAAUGCCAGUCAUAUAGGUUAGCAUAUUCCAUCACCAAAAUCUGGACUGAUUUUUGACAUUUUCUUUGUAGAAAGGAAGUAAUAGUCAGGGUGAGUAACUGACCAAAUUUAGUUUCUUUUAGUUAUCUUUUAGAGAGACUCAUAGAUAUUUGAAGAUCCUUUUUGAAUUCCAGUUUCUCAAUGCAGCAAAUGCCAAAAUAGAUUUCUGUUCAUAGAGAAGCUUUUCUUGAUGAAUGCUACUAUGUGCUAUCCAAACAUUUCGUUUUGCCACAUCAUUAAAAAAAACCAGCUUCUACAUACCAAGAAAAUUAUUCUUUCUUUGAAACAUCAAUAAUGUGUCUACAUAUUGAAAUUCUGUAUAAUAGGGAGUCCUUAAAACCUCUUAGGACUCUCUAUGUUGGACUGGACCUAUUUUCAAAUUUGACAUAAUUAUUUAUUGCUGAAACUGCAAUUUCAAAAAUAAUCUUUAUUGUAGUUUAACUUUUUGUAUUAUUAAGUUUGGGCUUGCUUAAAAUUAAUUUAUACAUCCCUUUUCAUGAAUUAGAUAUGUAACUGUAUACACAAAGAUACUCAAAUGUUAUACUUGUCUUUCAUAUACACAGAUCGACACUCAAAACUUCCACCUAUGUGUUUUAAAAAGGACUGGAUUUAUCCGGAAAAGUAUCCACUGUUUGCUGCACAUGUGGAUUUUUAAGCUUCCUCUGCAAUUAAUUUUCUUAAAAUUUUACACUUUAGUAAUUUAUUAGUUAGUAGUAAUUUGCUUUAUAUAGAUACCUUUAUAUUUCGUUAAAUCUAUUCUUUCUUCCAUGCAUACAGUAUUUCCUGUAUCUCUGGCUGCUGUACAAUCCCUGAGCAUCAUAGAACCUCCUGUAUAUUUAAUUGUUGGCAAGGUGUUUUUUUUUUCUUCAAAUACUUCAUAUCUCUUUCUCCAAAAGUCUCUUGUAUUGUUGUGGUCAAAAAGUUCUAACUUUGAC